AAUAUAUCUAUACAGUUUAAAAUAUAGUACUGAUACUUUUUGAACACUUUUUGAAACAAGAGUCUGAGAAAGACGCAAGUAAUGGUUUUUCGAUUUGCGUGCUUGUGUGAUUACGUUUCUCUUUUCUGUCACUUAGACGACGGAGGCGUUGAUAAUGUUCGUUACAGUGUGAAAAUAUCGACUAUCGAAUCUCGAAAGUCAUUAGUCACUAUGCAUAAGAAGCGCCAUGUUACAUUUAUAUUGUAUUUAUUCGAAGAAUCAAAUAAAUUUGAGACGUUUCUCUUUUUUGGGAAAAACACGUGUAUUUUUCAUUUCAACAUUUCAAUUUAAUAGCAGUACGCGAACAUUAUGGCACACAGUCCUACAACAACAAUGAGAUUAAAAAACAGAGAUACUGCGAAUAAAAUUAGAUAUGGCUCGCCCAAAUUGCAGGAGACUUUGCGAGAGAAAUAUCGUCAAAAGAUGCAAGAAAAACGAAAUAAGUUAUUUAACAGUCAUAGAUUUGAUUUGGAACUCAAUUCAAAACAUGUGCAAACCGCAUCGACAGAUUUAGUACGUCAAGAGUUUAAAAGUCUUGCGACCUUAGAUGACAAUAAUAAGAAUUUCAUAGUUAAAGAGUGUGAUAUGCCUCUGAGUGAUGAAGAAGCAAUUGAAUUAGAAAAUGAAAUUGUCCAAGAACAAGAACAAUGGAUAAUUCAAGAAUAUGAGAAAUUUGCCAGAGAUGAGAUUGAAUACAUGAUAAGGUAUCUUGAUAACGAAAGUAAAGAGGUAAUUUGUCCAAUAUGCCAAAAGGCAAUAUUAAUAGAGGAAAAUAAUUAUGUAAGUUGUCAAANAUGUGNAUUGAAAUUGUUUGGUCAUACCAUGCAAGAAGUGAGAUAUUUAAUUAACGAAAGUGUGAACACUCAUGCAUUUAGUUGUAUCCAGGUACCAACAUUUAUAUUAUUAUCUGAUGGUAAUCUCAAUCUGUAUCUGAUAUGUCAUGACUGUUCUACUUUUACAAUUGUUUGCUAAAUUUGUUCAUAAUUAUUUAUCUUAUUUAAUCACCUAAUUUUUGUGUGCUGGAUAACUCUCAAUUUGUAAAAUUGUUUUUGUACAAGACGAAAAAUUAUAUAAAUGAUAUUCAUAAAAUGUGCAUUAGAAUGAAAGUUUUUUUAAUGCUAAUUUUAUUAGUUUGACACAUUAGAUAUUUCUUUCUAAUGUUAUUCAAUCUGGAUAUUCUAGACAGUCUCAAUCAUUAUAAUACGUAAAAUAUCCUUAAAAAAUUGUUNCUCAAUGUGUGUCAACUAAAUUGUUAAAUUGUAUAAUAAUAUUUGACAAAUCAGUCAUUGAAAUCAAUCUAAAAUGUUAUCGUUUUACGUUAAUUAAUCACGAAAGGUCAGUAUGUCUUCACACUCUGAUUGAGUUCGAUUAACUUAAUUUUAAUGUAGAAAAUCAAUCAGCACAAUUAUUUCCUAUCAACAAUCAAAAGUGAUGAAUUUGUGAUAUAGGUAUAUAGAUGAAACAAAAUACAGUAGUAUGGAUUUCUUCAUGUUAUAAUUUUGAAAUAAUAACAUGAAAAAAAAUAUUUAUGAUUAUAUGAUACAUAUUAUACAAAAAAAAACAUCCCUUUGAUGAGUUUACUUACAUUACUUAUUACUUAUACAUUUACAUACAUGUGUAAGUUGAAAUAAGGGCAACUAUAUAUUGUGUCGUGUUUAAAAAAAUAAUGUUUUACACAAAUCCAAAACGAAGAAAGUAAUAGAAUUAAAAUAUGAAAUAUAAGAUGUUAAUAAAAAAUAAUUUAACCUUUUUUUCUUAUUGUUAAUUGCGAUUUGUUUGUUUGUUUUUUUUUUUCGAUGAGACCAUGCUACGUCGACAGAAACACAACAAUAUGCAGAAGCCCUUUGCAGCUUAGUUAUAUAUUCGAAUUCUUUGUAAACAGUUUUGUACAUUAUCACAUGGAGUUUUAUAUUAAAGAUCUUGUAUUAUAUAACAAUGUGAACUAGAGAACAACCCCCUUUUUAUCCACGCAAUCAUCAAC